AUGGAUAUCAGAGAACCACCAGUCAUCGACUUCGCACCAUUUUAUGGCCCAGAAGGUGCCGCAAAGGAACGAUUAAUAAAUGAGUUGCGCCAAGCCUGCAAGCAGUUUGGCUUCUUCCAACUCAUCAAUCAUACUAUUCCAGCGAGUCUGCAAGAAUCUGUCCUUCAGCAGAGCAAAGAAUUCUUUGAGCUUCCAAUAUCAACAAAAGAAAAAUAUAAAAAAGGUCUUAAUGGCGACAAUCGCGGUUACGAGGGCUUUAGGGCGCAAAACUUCGAGAAGCGAGGCAAAGGUGACCUGAAGGAAGGUUUCUACUUAGGCAAAGACCUUCCACUUGACGAUCCACAGGUUGUUACGAGGAAGUUUGAUAAGGGGCCCAACAAGUACCCUUUGGAAGUUAGCGAGCCAGCUAAAUUCCGAGCUGUUAUGGACGAGUAUCAUGAGGCAAUGACAUCGCUUGCGAUGGGGAUUCUGAGAAUGUUAGCACUUACUCUAGAGCUAGAGGAAAGUGCUUUCGACGCGUUUUGCGAACAUCCGAUCGCUAUUCUUCGGCUGCUGCACUAUCCCCCCCAAGAUCCUGACAGUUCGGAUAUCGAGAGAGGCAUUGGCGCUCAUACCGAUUUCGGUGGUAUCACUAUUCUUCUUCAAGACACAACCGGUGGCUUGCAGGUUUGGAACAAUGUCUCGUCGGAAUGGGUAGAUGUGACACCUGUACCGGGUGCCUAUGUCGUGAACCUAGGCAAUAUGAUGAUGCGAUGGACAAAUGAUCGCUAUCUAUCUAACCUCCAUCGGGUUAUCAACAAGAGCGGCAAGGAGCGCUUUAGCGUUCCAUUCUUCUUGUCUGGUAACCCUGACUACAUAGUCGAGUGUCUCCCGACCUGCAUCGGGGCCGGGCCUAAGUACCCUCCCAUAACUGUGGGUCAGUGGAUGGCUGGGCGAUACGCGGAUACGUAUGGCACAUCGAAUGAAGAGGCAAUUUCUGACAUGCGAGAAGUGCCUUCUUGA